AUGCCAAACCCAAUAAGGUUCGUGGUUUCGACUCCCUGUAACCAAAAGGGUAAGCCAUCCGGCUAUCGCAUUCUCGAGCUGAACAAUAAACGGUUAUCAGUGGUCUCGUACAAGAAGGAUAAAGCUACCGACAUUGGUGUGACAACACAAAUAUUCUGCUAUCUCAAGCCUAAGAGUAGAAGCGUUAUACCGGACCACUUGAAUUAUGAUGAUGUGGAUCACUCUGACUACAUGUUUGUAGGGAAAUCAAAUGGAUUGAUCGAAGUGAUCCAAGACUACGAGUAUAAGGUAUCAAAUACGAUAUCCUUGGAACCCAAUUUUGUUCUGAGAUGCUCCCCAGAGGAUUAUAGUAAUGGCAUGUUUCCAGAUUACGUGAUGAUUGGCCUCGAGUACAAAGAUGGACUACUUUAUUGCUGUCUGAGUUCAGGAAGAAUCUACACGUUCAUACUGAACCUACCUGAAGAUUACAAACAGUGUGAUAAUUUGUGCUUACCAGAUAUGCCAUCCACAUGGAAAGACCAAAGCUUCCCCUCAUAUUUCGACCCAAGCGAAGAGAUCCAAUCCAGAGAGACAAGCGAUUUUCUCUCCAAGACAGAGUAUACAGGGAGGACGAAGCUAAAACAUAUAUGCUACUAUUUGAUCCCAAUAGAAAAACCAAAGACCACCGUUCCCAGAUCAAUCCUUUACUUCAUUGACUUAUACAGGCAACAAUACAUCUAUAGACCCUCGAUGCUAAUCUGUCUCGAAGACAGUGUAUCCGGGUUUCAAAUUAACCCGUUCGAUAAAUUAAGUUUUCUCACUGUCUCUCCAAGAAACCCAAUCAUGAUAAGAAAAGUAAUUCUUCCUAGGACGUACCUCAACUACUUUAUUACAUUUUCUCACAUCAAGAAAAGAAUACAGGAGAUUAUCAAACAGGAAAUUAUCCCGUGGGAAGACGUAGCCAUUGAAAAUGGAUUUCAUUCCUUUGCAUUUUGGAUGGCUUGCGAAUCAGUAUAUGGAUACGAGAGCAUCAGUUCCACUUUAUGGAAUGAAAUUCUGGAAAAUCACGGUACAGGAUACUUAAAAUCAACGGUCGUUUGGAAACAGUCUCAUAGCCGUGCCGACGAUAAACUGUACGAAUCGUUAUACCGAAUGACAAACGAACAAUCUCAAGAAAAUAUCUAUACACCAACGAGCAGGCCUCAACCAAGAACAACCAGAAGUUUACAGCGACAUGUUUUGAACGAGCCUGUUGAUUUCCCACAAUAUUCAAAGUGGGAACUUAACUCGUUCAUUCGCAACGUCCGUAAGAAAUCGUACACCGUGGAUUUCAAUGUAAUAUCAUCUAUACGACAUCCUGGGGAAAUACACCAUGGUACAAACACGAGUACAGGAAGAAGAACGCAAUUCCGACAUAAUGGCGACGAAAUUAGGCUUAGGAGUAACAGUUCCGAGAUUUUAGAAGGUGAUCAAAUGCUGGGAGAAUCCGAACAGGAAGAUAGUGAAUUUUUCACAGAAGAACUGGAAACGACAACCUCGUUUUUAACGGAUAGAUACAAAAGCAUGGAAAUAGUUGCAAUAGACACUUUUUUGAUACUGAGUGUGUUUAGGCCGAAAUAUCAGGACGAGGCGAUCCUAAAAAUAGAUUCUUUCAACAAUCAGACAAUUAGGACUAACGACGACUACCUCAGAUCUUCUACAGACGACGAAGAGAUUUUAUUUGACGAGAUAUUAUCAAGAUUAUCCUCAUUCAAGAAGCUGUUUAUACUAACCGAAUAUCUGUACGUUGUUAUCGAUGUCAAUGGCAUAUUGGUUGUCGACAAAAGGAAGAUUAAGGAUACUGAAUGUUUCUCGAAAAACGACUAUGGAGCUUUUAAAGUAGCUGGAUAUAACUUUGGUUUGGUUAGCGAUGCGUUAUUUGUCUCCCACUCUCUGACAGAAAGGAGAAGCUCGUACAAUAUGGAAUUUGUUAUGAUAGUUACUUGUCUACCCGGGGAAAUUAAAGCAUUUGGAGUUGUAUUCAACUCUGACUCAAAGAUAGGCCAGGUCACACCCCAAGAUUCACUCCGUUUGAAAAAGAGAAAUACAUUUGUUGACAAAUUGUUAUUAAUUGAUUCCGGGGUGGCGGUACCCAGAAAGCGUGAACCAAAUGACAAUGCCAAUCAAGUAACCAUUUCGAAGCGUAUCAAAAUGAGGAAAGAGCGAAACGGAAACUGA